CACCAUUUCCCCGCAAUCUCGAUCAGCUACUGACCAUUAACAUUCCUCAAACGUGUGGUUGUCCAAUUAAUUGUCCCACAUAACUGCGUAAUCCUCUAAACGCAGCCAGGCAUACCGUAGCGGGUUGUGUAUGGUUUCGGAAUCCCAUGGCUUUGGUUGACGGUUGUGUAUUACCGACUACAAGCAGAGCCGAUACAUACCUGAUAUAACACAGCCCUCCUUACACCAUCCCGAGGUCUCUUGACAGAAAAAACGAAAAGUUUGGUUGAAAUACUGGUUGAAAACUUCAGACAAUAUGACCCUGGAACACCUUAUAUGUUUUGCGAGACAGCAGCUUGCCGAUUCCCCUCUGCGAUGCACCGCCACUAUUGCACUGGUCGGUAUACUCUUACAUAUCAUUGGCAAUGAGAUCGUUCGAGCCCGGGCUAGAGUCCCAGGCAUGAAAGGUCCCAGGGGCUGGCCCGUCAUUGGUAACUUGUGGGACAUUCGAACCAAUGCGGCAGCGAGGUUUUACGAUUGGUCCAAAACGUAUGGAGAUGUCUAUCAGAUCCAAAUGGGCAACACGCCCGUUGUGGUUGUCAACAGUGCCGUGGCGGCCAAGAAGCUGUUCGUGGCCAACUCGCAGGCUAUCAGUUCGAGGCCGAUCACCUACACGUUUCACAAGAUCGCUUCCACUACAGCCGGCCUCACCAUCGGCACCUCCCCCUACGACGACUCCCUCAAGCGUCGUAAGAAAGGAGCAGCCGCCGCGCUCAACAAACCUGCCAUUCAAUCCUACGUCCCGCACAUGGACCUCGAAUCCAAGGACUUCAUCAAAGACCUUCUUUUCUACGGCAAAGCCGGAACCGUCGCGAUCGAUCCACUCCCCAUGAUCCAGCGUCUGUCCCUCUCACUCGCCAUGACCAUCAACUGGGGCGUCCGUGUCGCCUGUAUCGAGGAUCCCAUGUUCAUCGAGAUCGUUAGGGUCGAGGAGGAGCUCAACUCAUUUCGCUCCACGACGGGCAACCUGCAGGACUAUAUCCCGCUCCUACGUAUGAAUCCAGUAAACCGAAAUUCUGCCAAGGCGCGAGAGAUGCGUCAGCGCCGCGACGCUUACCUGCAUACCUUGAACUCAGGGGUCAUUGAAAAGGUCAACAAGGGCACGGAUACGCCCUGCAUACAGGCCAAUGUGAUCAAGAACGAGGAAGCCAAGCUUAACGAUGUCGAGCUCACGUCCAUUAGCUUGUCCAUGCUGUCGGGCGGGUUCGAGACCGUUGCCACCACGGUGCAGUGGAGUGUGGCGUACUUUGCGAUACACCCCGAGAUCCAGGAUAAGGCGUUCAACGCUAUUCAGGAGUUCCAGGAGCCUUUGAAAGCCGAAACCUCAGGGCUGCCUGAUGUGGCGGAUGAUCAGAAGUGUGUGUAUAUCGCUGCCAUGGCACGAGAAGCGUUACGAUACUUUACUGUGAUUCCGCUCGCGCUGCCCAGGGCUUCGAUUAGGGAUGUUGUGUAUGAGGGUGUUCGAAUACCGGAGGGAACGACUUACUAUCUGAAUGCAUGGGCUUGUAACUAUGACAAAAACCUCUGGACCGACCCCGAGGUCUUCCGGCCCGAACGCUGGCUUGAAAAGCCAGACGCUCCUAUGUUCACCCUCGGUAUUGGGUAUAGGAUGUGUUCCGGUCAUCUCCUUGCCCACCGGGAGGUGUACUUGGUAUUCAUGCGGAUGCUCAGCAGCUUUCGAUUCAAGGCGGUUGGCGAAAUCAAGUGCAAUCCGAGUCGGGACUUCAAGAAUCCGGCCGACCUUAUUAUGGCACCGGAGCCCUACAGGGUGCUUUGCGUUCCCAGAAAUGAGACGAGGUUGAGACGGGCACUGGAUGAGUGGAACCCGCAGGGUUGAAGACUGAAAGGUUAGCCAAAGGAUGAUUUGCAAGGGGAAAACAACAUUUAAGUCACACCUUAUCUUGUAAUGACUGUCAGGGGUACUCAGUGGAGUUUCAAUGGGCUUUACAAUGUAUAUAUAUGUACACGUGAGUCUUGGGUCUAACCUAGUACAUAGGUCGCCUGCCAAAGUUCCUGCUUAACAGCGUGAAUAUUAUCCAAUGUCAAUGUUAGUACCUUGUCAAGUUUUAUAAUUAAGUUGUUCUACAG